AUGAAGUUUGACUUCUUCGGUGUGAAGCGCCAAAACGGAACCCCAGUGCCUUUCGAGCCUUUUGAGUCAGCAUACAGACUCUAUUCGGACGACUACCAGAAACUAGCUCCGAAUCACCUUAGACCCAAAACCCCAGACGAACUAUCACGAACUACUCAAAUGGAAAACCAAAGACUAUCUGAGUCUGAGUACAAACAAAACGAAAUAAAGCCACUGACAAAAUCACUGUCGUCACAGCCAGUUGAAGAUAAUGAUCAAAUUAUUGCUUGCGAGGCAGCUUCGGAUGUCCGAUCCCAGCCUGGCGACGGCGCCAGUCCAGUGCUGGUCGAGAACGACAAAGGGCCUCAAAGUCGAAAAGGAAGUCUACCCUCUCAGAGUUCAAACACUACAUCGCACUUCACAGCUGACGGUGACACCAACAGUCCUAGUCCUGCUGAAGGUGCAAGUGAUCAGUCUGGUCUGGAAAUCAGCGACGACGAAGGUAGCCAAACUUUAACAGAUCAGAAAGCCGAAGUUUCAAAAGACGUGCUCCCUCUUCCGAUUCGUGUUACCGAAAACAAUUCGUUUGAUCGCGACACAACACCUGCUGGAACGGGGUCGUUUUCCCUAAGAACCUUAGAGUCUGCUUACAGCACAGAUGAAGAAAAAUUGGGUUUAACAGCUAUUAAUAAUUCGAAUACGAGCCAGAGUCAGAGUCAGAGUCAGAGUUUGACUUCAGGCUCAGGAAAUUCGGACCCGAGUGAUGUUGCAACAUCGUCGGCAAACACUACAAGCGACCAGUCGCCGACUACUAACGACACAGCCACCCACGAGUCCAAGGAUACUGUAGGCAGAUUGAUUGAACAGCUUGGACGAAAAAUUGAAGAAAAACCGAAUCAAGCGCCAGUGAUUCAAGCAAAAACUCCAGCUAAAGUUGAAGAGCCACCAAAGGAAGAGCAACAGAAAGAUGAAAAGAUAAGUGUAACAGUAACUGAUGUUACAACAGGGGGAACUACGACCACUGGUAGCGCGACUACUUCAGAAACGCAUAGUUCAACCAGUAUAGGGACCACAUCUUUAGGAAGUAAGUACAGUUCUUCGGCAUUUAUACUUGACGAAACCGAUCACGUGAUAUCAUCUGCCCAGCCGCCAAUGAACAGUCAGACAGCUUCGCUUAGCCCUGAGACCAAAAGCAGUAACGAUUUGAGUACAGUUCCUGAGAAACAGGAAAAAGUUCACGAGCUGCCGACGCCAGUCGAGAUCCAAAACGAUGAAUCAGUACAAGAAUCGAAGAGUCCAGAAAUCCAAGAACCCCAGAAAUUAGUACCUGGGAGUGAAAAUCUUGCCCAAGGUCAAACUCAUCCACCUGCGUUUGGUCAAACCGUCCCGGAAGAAGAAACAGUUCAAAUGGAACGUGUUAAACAAAUACGCUCGUCAAGUCCCCGAGCUGAAAACAACUCGUCUGAUCCGAACAUGUCUUCGGGUGGGUCAGUUUUUACCAACCAACAGUUUGAUCAACUUAGUGAAGACAAUAGUGCUUCAAAUCAGAAUUUCGUAGCGUCUCAAAAUACGUCGAAAGAUUCUAGGAGUAUCAGGUCAGGAUUAGAAAAUGCCCAAAUAAGGAAAGGACCAGACUCUUCAGUAGGGGGAACGAUUACUCCUGAAUCGCUGAGCGACCUUUCGGAUCCCUCCUCUACGACGCCCGAUUUUGCCGACAAAACUCUCGUGAGCGACACUCGUUCGCCUUCGGAGAUCUCUCGUGACGACAAAGGGCAGAGGCAACGCACGCUUCCUUAUUACGACGUCUCAUCGAGUUCAAAGAGCAAAAAGUACACAAACGUCCGAAACGUUGGCUCUAAUAAAAGCAUAACUAAACCUGUAAAUGAAGAAAAUCAAGAAGAUAUUUUAGCUGACCAAAAUGUUCCCCCAGAAAAAAUGGAUAACAAAGAGAGUGCAGCUUUAGUAGCAUCCCCAAGUAACAGAACUCAAGUUUCAGAACUGCAGCAGCAACAGGAUCUCAACUCUAAAGAAGGAUUAUCAGAUGGAACCACGACAUUUGUCAAGGAACCUCUAACAACAAAGGCCAGCGAUAGUGCCAGCAUUCGAACUGCUCAUCUGAAAAGAGUACGAACUGGAAGCAAAUCGAAACAAAGUACUCCAGCUCCCAGUUUGAAAUCAUCAAUGAAUAUCCGAACCAACGCAGAUGAAACAAGCUCAGUACCUGAAUCUCUAACUAUAACAGCAAGUGCAAUUAGCCCAAUAAAUGCCUCGACAACGGGUGAGGUUCGGAAAGCCGAGUUGAAAACUUACGAGUCCGAAAGCAAUCGGCAGUCGGAACCCGUAAUGCGAAGCAUACAUGAAGAUUCGGGCGAGAAACGGUACUUGAGACGAAAGUCGUCGGGAUCUCUUGAGUACGAGUAUUCAUUCAUUGGAAAGCAUGAUCACGCCAACUUGUCUGGUAUGUCGCGAAACGAACGAUCGAAAGUUUUAACCGACGAAGAAAAAUAUGAACUAGACAACCGAGUACUCAAAGUCCAAAUCGAAAGUCCGAUACACUCUGACAAUAAAGUCGCAACGGUGGAGACUAAUUCAGUAAUAUCGGAAGGAAAUCUUGACAAAAAUCAGACCGCUUAUGAAAAUCUUACAGCAACGAAAGGAAAAGAAUCUACCGAUUUUUUUACUGAUGACAAAGCUGGUAAAUUGAAGCCUAUCAGUUUGACUUUAAGCAGCGAAAGUGAAGCAAUUGUUUCGACAAAAGUUUCGGCCGAACCAAAAGUGAUCUCCUCCGAAAUGGAGCUUAAACGUGAGGCGAGUGGUCACAAAAGCCAAACCUCCGAAAGCUGGCUAGACACAGAAACAGGAGACAAAAUAAAACUACCCGCAUCGAGGAAGUACGUGAAAACUCUUGAUGAUAUGAAGAACAGUGAUAGAAGUUUCAUGACUGAAAGUCACAGAAGCUCAGAUCAGAGUCAAGACCAGUCCGAGAGCUGGCUAGAUACUGCAACUGGCAAAUCCGAGUACGCCACUUCAAGAAACCAAAUGAGCCAAAAUGCGAUGCAUCAAAAUGACAACUUUGACAACGAAGAUAAAAGCGUUAGCGCUGUUCGGUCCAAAAAUACUGAGCUGAAAUCAACAAACUCUUUGGUUGUAAGAAAGAACCAGAACGGUUUCACCAAAAAAUUGGAAGAUAAAAACUAUAAAUUAGAAGGCCAAAAAGAAAAUCAGUCUUUCAAAACAAAAGAAAACGGAUCCAUUAUUGAAACGGCAGAUUUUUCGGAAGGACAAAACAAAAAAGCGACAGUAGGAAAAACGAGUUCCCGAACUGGUAGUCAUCAGACACAAUCGCGGGAAUCGUUGUUAGAUAUAAAGAGUACCAGCUACAGUCUGAAAAGUAGAUCAGCAGUUCAAAGUACUGCGAGUCGCUCAGCAUUACGUACUGUAUCUACAUAUGACAACAGCAGCAACCCAACGGACACAAGCGUCAAGUCAAGGACCGACCAACAAGACCCAGUAGGUAACGUAGAACAGACAAGUCAACUUGACACUACUGCGAGUCGCUCAGCAAUCCAUACACUAGCUACAAAUGACAAAAGUAGCAAGCUAAUGGAUACAAGCGUCAAAUCAAGGACCGACCAACAAGACCCAGUAGGUAACGUAGAACAGACAAGUCAACUUGACACUACUGCGAGUCGCUCAGCAAUCCAUACACUAGCUACAGAUGACAAAAGUAGCACGCCAAAGGAUACGAGCGUCAAAUCAAGGACCGAAGAACAAGAUCCAACAAAUACAGCAGAACAGACAAGUCAACUUGGCAGUACCGCGAGCCGCUCAGCAUUACGUACGGUAUCUACAUAUGAUGGAAGCAGCAAACCAACGGAUACGAGCGUCAAAUCAAGGACCAACCAACAAAACCCAACAGUUACAGCAGACCAGACAAGUCAACUUGGCAGUACUGCGAGUCGCUCAGCGUUGCGUACGGUAUCAACAUAUGAUGGAAGCAUCAAACCAACGGAUACGAGCGUCAAAUCAAGGACCAACCAACAAGGUCCAACAGUUACAACAGGCCAGACAAGUCAACUUGGCAGUAUUGCGAGCCGCUCAGCAUUACGUACGGUUUCUACAUAUGAUGCGAGCAGCAAACCAACGGAUACGAUCGUCAAAUUAGGAACCAAUCAACAAGACUCAGUAGGUAACGUAGAACAGACAAGUCAACUUGACACUACUGCGAGUCGCUCAGCAAUCCAUACACUAGCUACAAAUGACAAAAGUAGCAAGCUAAUGGAUACAAGCGUCCAAUCAAGGACCGACCAACAAGACCCAGUAGAUAACGUAGAACAGACAAGUCAACUUGACACUACUGCGAGUCGCUCAGCAAUCCAUACACUAGCUACAGAUGACAAAAGUAGCACGCCAAAGGAUACGAGCGUCAAAUCAAGGACCGAAGAACAAGAUCCAACAAAUACAGCAGAACAGACAAGUCAACUUGGCAGUACCGCGAGCCGCUCAGCAUUACGUACGGUAUCUACAUAUGAUGGAAGCAGCAAACCAACGGAUACGAGCGUCAAAUCAAGGACCAACCAACAAAACCCAACAGUUACAGCAUACCAGGCAAGUCAACUUGGCAGUACCGCGAGCCGCUCAGCAUUACGUACGGUAUCUACAUAUGAUGGAAGCAGCAAACCAACGGAUACGAGCGUCAAAUCAAGGACCAACCAACAAAACCCAACAGUUACAGCAGACCAGACAAGUCAACUUGGCAGUACUGCGAGUCGCUCAGCAUUACUUACGGUAUCAACAUAUGAUGGAAGCAGCAAACCAACGGAUACGAGCGUCAAAUCAAGGACCAACCAACAAGGCCCAACAGUUACAACAGGCCAGACAAGUCAACUUGGCAGUAUUGCGAGCCGCUCAGCAUUACGUACGGUAUCUACAUAUGAUGCGAGCAGCAAACCAACGGAUACGAGCGUCAAAUUAGGAACCAAUCAACAAGACUCAGUAGGUAACGCAGAACAGACAAGUCAACUUGACACUACUGCGAGUCGCUCAGCAAUCCAUACACUAGCUACAAAUGACAAAAGUAGCAAGCUAAUGGAUAUGAGCGUCAAAUCAAGGACCGACCGACAAGACCCAGCAGGUAACGUAGAACAGACAAGUCAACUUGACACUACUGCGAGUCGCUCAGCAAUGCGUACGGUAUCUACAUAUGACAUAAGCAGCAAACCAAUGGAUUCAAGCGUCAAAUCAAGGACUGACCAACAAGACCCAGCAGGUAACACAGAACAGACAAGUCAACUUGACACUACUGCGAGUCGCUCAGCAAUGCGUACGGUAUCUUCAUAUGACAUAAGCAGCAAACCAAUGGAUUCAAGCGUCAAAACAAGGACCGACCAACAAGACCCAGUAGGUACCAUAGAUCAGACAAGCCAGCUUGGAACUGUUGCGAGUCGAUCAGCGAUGCAAACGAUAUCUUAUGUUGAAGCAAGCAGCAAAGCGAUAAGCGCCACAGUUAAAGUCAAGCAUCAACAACCAAAUGAACAUCUUGGUAGUCUUUCCAGUCGUUCUGCAGUUUGUACAUUGUCGUCUAAUGAAAAAAAUUACUUGCCCAUGGAAAAAAGUGUUAGAACUAACUUGACCCGGAGUAGUCCAGUUGCAGAGACCAGUCAAAAUAUGAAAACAAAAAGUGAUGGUCCAUCUGGUGUCAGUGUAACGAGAUCUAUUGUUAAAUCUUCUCAAAAUUCAAGGAACAAAAACAAACCGAAUUCGGAAAUCAGCAAGAGAGAAGCAGGCCAAAACUUUGUCGACGAUGAAAAUGAGAGAUCAUUUUUGGCUGGAACACCAGCCGUGCAAUCCAUAUCUAGGUCAGAGGGUGGAAGUCGUCCCGCAUCAGUGAACAGUUUUGACACCUACUCGCAUUCGGCUAGAGGUCACGAAGACGUUGUGAGUAAUUCGCCUUACCGAGAGAUAGAAAUUGACCGCUUAGAUGUCCACUCCGAGAGAAACUCACGAGCUCACGAGUCGAGUUAUGGAACUGUGAGUGAGCCAAUCGGAGCCGAUAUGAACGACGAGUACUAUGGCAGUGGCGGUGACAUAACUUUACACGAGAGUUUAGCUAGCCGAAGUGCGAUAACGCCGAUGCAUGAAACUGUAUCCGACGGGAAAAACAGUAGUGAUAACACGUACUCAUGGCUAGCAAGUACUAGCCAGACCCCCGAAUCAACCAUAACCGAUUUCAAGACAGCGAAACCCGAAACGAGUUUGAGCACGACUGAGAGUGUCGCGGAACGAGACGCGAUGACUCCUAUGGAAAGAGUGUCCGAUUACGGCGACAGCGAGGAGGAUCACGACUUUCUGCCGACAGAAUCACGUGACGUCUGGAGCAGCGAAAAGAACAACAAAACCGAAUUGCAGACAGUUCCCUCUACGGCGGAGUCAAGGUCAAAAGUUCAGUCGGGGUCAAAAGCAUCACAAAGAACAAUGUCCUUAACUGAACAUAUGACAGAGGUAAGCCAGGCGAAUCAAAGCAACAGGCUGUACUCUGAGUAUACGAGACGAAAACAGCAAAAAGAGCUCGGCCGAAAUGAAGGGAAAAGUCCGGACUACACUGGCAGAAACUCAAAUAGCGAUUUCAGGUCACAUUCGAGAUCCAGUUCCGUUCUUCAGACUAAAACGCCUUCAUUCGGAGGUUCUAGAAAAAGUCAAUCCUCCAAAGACAGAACUAAAUUAAGCCUCGGAACUCGAAACGAACUCGAAACGGAGUCGCGAAGUAGGAAGAAAACCGAAUCGGCAGCGACUAAUGACUCGUCGUCUUUCGCCCCGAGUGCCAGUGCUGUCCAAACUAUGACCCGAUCAAUCAGCAAUCCUAAAGUGAAUAACAGCUCAAAAAAUAGUUCAUUGGAACUAAAAAACGACCAAUUAACAAAAACAAACUCUGAAAAAGAUUCAACCAAUAUAGUGAGAACUGUUGCUUUUGACGAAGAGCCUAGCGGCGAUGGAUCCAUAACAUUGCGCAAUGAUAUCGACACCGAUUAUCAGGAGCUGGCGCAAGGUCAAAGGAUCAAAAGUUCACCGAAUGACACUAAAGCGGAUUCAAAUUACAAUAGUUAUUAUUAUAUUCGAGUACCCGAGGAAAAGUCUUCGGAAGGAAAGCAAAGUCAAGUGAGUUUUGAAACGAGUGGCGCCUUCAGUAACACAGCUGUUGACAGCAUACCUUCUGGUCGCUCAAACCGAACCAAGACUACAGUUUACACUAAACCAUUCAGUCCUACGUCAUCCGAUCGGAUAAGCAACAUUGCUGAUUUGUCGCAUGCAGAUUCCAACGACAGCGACUAUAACACUCUACAAGUUAAGACUGCAACGUCGCCAAAAGCUACCAAAGGUCCAAAAACUCCUAGAAGUUCCAACCUUGCAAUGAGUCCCAACCCUUUAAAGAGCCCAAAAACAGUUAAAACGAGUGUUGUUAGACCUGUUAAUGAGGAGUAUCCAAUAACUCCUCGGAACUCUUUCGCUGACCAGAAAUCUCAAAGAUCUCAGGAGAGUUUAUUGUCCUCUAGACCUGGAACCCCGACUCCCAGAAUUGAUAUACAGUCCACUACAGCACCUAGUCGCGGAAGACUGGAAUCGACUGGAAGGAGAACUCAGAGCCAAGAGUCUAUUGAUGAAGUGGAAGUUGAAGACGAGGAGUCGAUGUCUGGACCCCAGGGGGCAGAAUGGACGGAAGAUGUUGCCUCCUCGCUCCCGCCUUCCAUUCAAUCUGGCAAGACUUCCAGUCGCAAAGUGAACUCAGACCUCGCUAACACUGUCAUCACAGAGGUCAGCUCGAGCGACGAAGUCUCGAAAUCAUUAGGCCAGGAGACAACAUCAGCCGCUGCUACUACAGACGUAGGAGGAGAGACCGAGAGUGGGGGGAUCGAAACAGAGACCACUGGAGGUAGCAGUGGGUCCGACACAGGGACCAGUUUUUCCACUGCAAAUGAAAAAGAUAUGAGCGAUUCUAGUAGUAAAAGUGGGAGCUCGCAUCUGAAACCCAAGAGCUAA